AUGGUUCAACUAACAAGGGGUGUUGUGGCCGCAGGCCUUAAUCUCCUUGCAUAUUCCUCUGGUGUGAUGGCCGAGGGAUCAGCAAAGCCAAUUGUGGCAGAUGGUACUAUAUUUGCUCUCAAUGGAGACAAUGUUUCGUAUCGCAUUCAUGUGGAUAACACCACCGGUGAUCUUCUAGGGGACCACUUCGGUGGGUCCGUUGGAGCCAAUAUUCCUCUAGAAACUGUUGGUGAGGUCAAUGGCUGGGACGGUCACAUUGGACGUGUACGCCGCGAGUUCCCAGACCAAGGUCGUGGGGAUUUCCGGGUCCCUGCCAUUAGCAUCCGUCAAUCAGAAGGAUAUACCGUGUCUGAAUUUCACUACAAAUCACACAAGAUCAUCCCCGGCAAGCCUGCUCUGACUGGGCUACCAUCCACUUUUGGCACAGAAGAGGAUGUUAGCACCCUAGUCAUUAGUAUGUACGACAAGUACAGCGAUGUGGCCGCGGACCUCUCAUACUCGAUCUUCCCCAAACAUGAUGCCAUUGUGCGCAGCGUGAAUGUUACAAACCACGGAAAGCAAAAUAUCACAAUUGAGUCUCUGGCCAGUUUGAGCGUGGAUUUGCCGUACCAAGACUUGGACAUGAUCGGCCUUCGUGGAGACUGGGCAAGAGAAGCAUAUCGCGAGAGGCGAAGAGUCGCAUACGGCGUCCAAAGCUUUGGAAGUUCCUCUGGUUACUCUUCCCACCAGCAUAAUCCUUUCCUGGCUUUGGCGGAGCCCUCUGCCACCGAGUCUCACGGAGAGGUAUGGGGAUUCUCGCUUGUGUACACUGGUUCAUUCUCCGUGAACGUCGAGAAAGGCUCACAGGGCUUUACCCGUGCUCUUCUGGGUUUCAAUCCUGGCCAGCUCUCGUGGACUCUGCCCCCUGGUGAGACUCUUUCCUCCCCGGAGUGUGUCUCUGUAUACUCCAAGGAUGGUCUCGGUGGAAUGUCACGCUCGCUGCACCGCUUGUACCGCAACCAUCUCAUCAAGAGCAAGUUUGCCACUAGUGAUCGUCCCACAUUACUGAACAGUUGGGAAGGACUGGUUUUCGAUUAUAACCAGAGCACCAUCUACGAGCUGGCAAAGGAAGCCGCUGAAGUCGGCGCUAAGCUUUUCGUCCUGGAUGAUGGCUGGUUCGGCAAGGAAUACCCACGUCUCUCAGACGAUGCAGCACUAGGCGACUGGAUCCCAAACCCUGAUCGAUUCCCAGAAGGCCUGGAGCCACUUGUGAAGAGUAUCACAGAUCUGAAGGUCGCUAAUACAUCAAAGAACUUGCGCUUCGGUCUCUGGUUCGAGCCGGAAAUGGUCAGUCCGAACUCGACUCUGUACCAUGAGCACCCGGACUGGGCCUUGCAUGCAGGAGACUACCCUCGCACCGAAAGACGCAACCAGCUCGUGCUGAACCUCGCUCUUCCUGAAGUCCAAGACUUCAUCAUCAAGGCCGUCUCGGAUGUUCUCAAGAGUGCGGAUAUUAGUUACGUCAAGUGGGAUAACAACAGAGGUAUUCACGAGAUGCCUUCCCCAUCCACAAGCCACGCCUACAUGCUCGGUCUGUACCGCGUUUUCGAUGAACUCACAGCCCAAUUCCCCGAUGUUCUCUGGGAGGGUUGUGCUUCAGGUGGAGGCCGCUUCGACCCAGGUGUUCUGCAGUACUUCCCCCAGAUCUGGACUUCGGAUAACACAGACGCUGUCGACCGUAUCUCCAUUCAACUGGGUACUUCGCUCGCCUACCCGCCCAGCGCGAUGGGCGCUCACUUGUCCGAAGUGCCGAACCAGCAGACUGGCCGCACAGUCCCCGUUGCUUUCCGUGGACAUGUUGCGAUGAUGGGUGGCUCGUUUGGAUUGGAACUUAAUCCGGCUGAGAUGCCCGAAGAGGAGAAGGAGGCUGUGCCGGAGCUCGUUGCUCUCGCUGAGAAGGUGAACCCCAUUAUUCUUACUGGUGAUAUGUGGCGGUUGAACCUUCCAGAGGACUCGAAUUGGCCUGCUGUUUUGUUCAUCGCUGAGGAUGGUCAGAAGGCUGCCUUGUUUGUCUUCCAGGUCGCCCCGAAUAUUAAUCAUUCAUGGCCGCGCAUUAGGUUGCAGGGUUUGGAUGCGAAGGCUUCCUAUAAGAUUGAUGAGGGUGUGGUUUACUCUGGUGCAACUUUGAUGAAUAUUGGUCUGCAAUUCGCCUUCAAGGGUGACUAUGGCAGCCAAGUUGUGUUGUUGGAAAAGCAAUAG